CAGAAAGCAGCUGUGAAACAGGGAGAGGGCAAGUCGUCAACCGCGCCGGUGAAGGAUGUCCCUGUCCAUGAACCAGGCCCUGGUCAGAUCCUGGUCAAGAUUAACUGGACGGGCCUGUGUGGAAGCGACAAAUCGCUGAUAUACGACGAGUGGGUUACUCAAGGCCUCAAGAUGCUUCCCGUAACUCACGGAAUUGCCGGUCAUGAAGGAGCGGGAGAAGUCGUUGCGGUUCAUGAGGAUGUGAAGGACCUGUGGAGCGUCGGAGAUCGAGCUGGUGUCAAAUGGGUUGCCAGUGUCUGCAAGAAGUGCGAGUUCUGUACCAAUGGCACCGACGAGCUUCAAUGUCCCAAACAGCUCAACUCUGGCUUCUCGGUCCAGGGUACAUUCGCAGAGUACUGUCUGACAGAUGCCCGAUAUGCUACAAGGCUGCCAGAAGGUGUCUCGGACGAGGAAGCAGGUCCAAUCCUGUGCGGAGGAGCCUAUACAGCUUGCAAGCGAAGUGCAGUAAGACCUGGCCAAUGGAUCGUUCUGCCAGGCGCUGGCGGUGGACUUGGCCACCUUGCCGUCCAAUACGCAAAAGCGAUGGGCAUGAGAAUCAUCGCUGUUGACGGCGGAGAUGAGAAGGGCAAGCUCUGCAAGCAACUUGGUGCGGAGCACUAUAUCGACUUCNNCCUCGCCUGCAAAGAUGUAGCUGCUGAGGUCACGAAACUCACGACUUUCGGAGCCCAUGGUGUUAUUGUCUUUGCCGCAACCCGAGAGGCAUACGGAUCAGCUCCCAAUUUUCUUCGACCGGGUGGCACAGUGGUAGCUGUCGGCUUGCCAAAAGACGAGACAAUCAUCGCAGGAGCAACGCCCUUGACGCUGGUUUUGAAGAGGCUCAACAUCGUUGGGUCUGUGACAGGCACUCUCAAGGAAGUGGAGGAAGCGCUUGAUUUCACGGCCCGAGGCCUGGUCCGACCCAUACUCACAAAGGGAACCUUAGAGGAUGUUGACCGCUUCUUGCAACUCUUAGAGCAAGGCAAGCUCCCCGGCCGAGCUGUUCUCAAGAUUGCUGCU